UACAGAGGCAGUACUUUUCCUGGAACUUCAGAGACUAUGGCUGUCUCACUUUUUUCGGAGUUGUUCCAGCAGUCCUCCAGCCUGUCCUCCCAUUCAAGUGAUAUCCAAAUCCUGAUGUGAAAUGAGUACAGUCUUCCACAAACUCCUUUUUGACAUUUCUGAGGCUUUGGUCACAGAUGAACUGGCGGCUCUGAAGUUCCUCAGCCUGGAGCACGUCCCCAUGAGGAAGCUGGAAGCCAUCCAGGAGCCCAAGGCCUUUUUCGAAGUGCUGCAGGAGAAAGGCAUGAUCGAGGCGGGGAACCUUUUCUUCCUGAAGGAGCUGCUCUAUCGGAUCAGUCGGAUCGACCUCCUGGAAGCCCGGCUGGGCUCCAGCCGAGAGGAGAUGGAAAGAGAGCUUCAGAUCCCAGGCAGGGCGCGAGUGUCAGCCUACAGGCAACUGCUAUAUGGAAUUGCAGAGGACUUGACUCCAGAAGAUGUCAAGAGCGUGAAGUUCCUGCUCCGAAAAAAAAUACCAAAGAACAAGCUCCAGGACAAUGCUUCAAUGUUGAAGGUCUUACUGGAAAUGGAGAGAAAUGGGAUAAUUAAAGAAGAUGACCUGGCAAUGCUGAAAGAUAUAGUAAAGGGAUUUAGAGCUGACAUAAAGAAAAAAAUUGAUACCUAUGAAGAAAAAAAAAAAGAAAAUGAUUCUAUGGAAAAACUCCACUAUCCAGUGUCUGUGUCUGUGCAUCCAGAAGGACAAGGAGCAGAGGGGGAGACACCACACCUGCCUGUGGAAUCAUAUAAGAUGAAAAAUAACCCCCACGGUUACUGUGUGAUUCUUAACAACUACAUUUUUAAAAAUCCGUAUGAAGCCAGAGAAGGAACAGUGAAAGAUGGAGAGGCUGUGAAGAGGGUCUUUAAGUGGCUUCAGUUUGAGACAGUUGAGCACAUGGAUCUAGAAGCAAAGCAAAUGUAUGCAAAAGUUAAAGAAUACAGCAAAAAAGAUCAUAGUAACAUGGACUGUUUUGUUUGCUUCAUUUUUUCCCAUGGUGAAAAAGACAAAAUAAAAGGCGUUGAUCAUGAGUUUGUAAAUAUUAAAGAUUUACUCUCCUUCUUCAGUGGAUCUAAUUGUCCUUCUCUUGCUGGCAAACCCAAGCUGUUUUUCAUCCAGGCUUGCCAAGGCUCUGUAGGUCAUCCAGCUGUCACAGUAAAAGAAGACUUUUCUGGCCAUCUUGAGACAGAUGCUACCCCUCUGACUUCUAUUCCUGAUCAGGCUGAUAUUCUGGUUGGCAUGGCUACAGUGGAAGAAUAUGAGUGCUACCGCUGUACAAAGACUGGCAGUGUUUACGUUCAAUGCCUCUGUGACAAGAUGGAGUUGCUUUGCCCACUCCGCAAGGAUCUUAUAACCAUCCUGACAGAAGUGAACAAGGAAGUGGGAGGAAGAGUAUUAAAUGGAUGGAAGCAGAUGCCAAAGAUAACAUCAACCCUACGGAAGCAAUUGAUCUUCCAAAUUCCAUAA